AUGCACCAGGUGCAGGCCCAGGAGAGGAGCCAGCACCGGCAGGGGGAUGCCGCUUCCCCGGUCCACCUGCAGACGCAGCAGGAGGUGAAGAUGCGGAUGAUGGGGAUGGCGAUGCGUGUGAUCCGCACCGACGGCUUCCUGGCUCUUUACAACGGGCUGAGCGCCUCGCUGUGCCGGCAGAUGACGUAUUCCUUGACUCGCUUUGCCAUCUACGAGACUGCGAGGGACCGCUUGGGCCAGGGCAGCCAGGGGCCUCCCCCCUUCUACCAGAAAGUGCUGCUGGGUGCAGUGGGAGGUUUCACCGGCGGGUUCGUGGGGACCCCGGCAGACAUGGUGAACGUCAGGAUGCAGAACGACGUGAAGCAGCCCUAUUCCCAUGCCCUGGACGGCAUGUACCGCGUCCUCCGGGAAGAGGGCUUGAAGAAACUCUUCUCAGGAGCUACGAUGGCAUCCAGCCGAGGGGCCCUAGUCACCGUUGGGCAGCUCUCCUGUUAUGACCAGGCCAAGCAGCUGGUUCUCGCGACUGGGUUGCUGUCAGACAACAUCUUCACUCACUUCCUGGCCAGCUUCAUCGCUGGCGGAUGCGCCACAUUCCUGUGCCAGCCCCUGGAUGUGCUCAAGACCCGCCUCAUGAACUCCCAGGGCGAGUACCGGGGUGUUGCCCACUGUGCCAUGGAAACUGCCAAGCUCGGUCCCCUCGCCUUCUACAAGGGCUUCGUUCCUGCUGCCAUCCGGCUCAUUCCUCACACUGUCCUCACCUUUGUCUUCCUGGAGCAGCUGCGCAAAUAUUUUGGGAUCAAAGUGAUCACCUGA